AAUUGUAUCGGGAACGUUGUGUCGAACGGACGGCACUCAACAAAACAGCUCUGCUACGAAAAAACGUCAUCGACGUUAUUCGGGAAACGGCGUCUGCCAAAAAAAAACGUUUUAAACCAAAAAAAAAAAAACAACAACAACAACCAACAAAUCAAAAAUAUAUCCAAAUUGGACACACUAAAGUCAAAAAGUGAAAAUGUGUAUGAAAUAAACGAAAUAUGCAAAAUCUUUGAAAUAAAAAUAUUGAAACAAGUGCGCAACAUUCAAAAAGUUAACCGUCAACGUUUUGUGUACCACGGCUGGACCUGGGACCUGGAACUGCACUCCCCCGCCCCACAACCCAACACUCCAACCAGAAAAGAAAAGAAAACAAAAAAGCCAAAAGCCAAGCAAAAACAAACACAACCUGUAGCUCUCUGCUGCGACAGCAACAGCGACGUCGGCAGCGCUGCAAACGCCUUAAUACGCUUACGGACUUUUAAAAUUGGGUUUCGUAUUUGUUGUUUCUGGUUUUUUUUUGUUUUGGUUUGUUGUUUAUUUCGUCGCACGUAACGCGGAAGCUCUAAGCAAUAAAUGCAAUUGCCUUAAGGCAAAGGAGAGCAACAACAACAACAACAGACAGCAACAGAAACAGAAACAGAAACAACUUUUACAUUUUUGCAACAAGGAGUCGCGAACAACAAAAAGAACCAUCAAUAUGUGGUGCAUUGUGGAUUUGCCAAAUGGCACUCAACAAGCUGUCAAAUUGGAUCCCAAAGCCAUCGGCCAAGAAUGCCUCGAAAAGGUCUGCAAGGCACUUGGCAUCAUCUGUGAAAUGGAAUACUUUGGCCUGGAGCCGUGGACGCCCAACCAGAAGGAGUCGCGUACGCGACAAUGGUACAAUCUGAGGAAUCGCCUGCAUGGCGACAGUGGCAGCAGCAGCAACAGUAUCCAAUUGAUGCUGGCAUUGAGGGUCAAGUUCUGGGUGCCGGUGCACAACAUCCUGCAGGAGAGUGUGCUCAACUUGUUCUAUAUGCAGGCGCGACGAGAUCUGCUGGAGGCGCGUCUCUGCGCCCAGGAUUGGACAAAUGCGGCCAAGUUGGCGGCGCUGCUCUGCCAGGCGGAUGGCCAUCGGUUCAACGAGCAGUCCUUGCGUGCCGAGUGCCCAAUGCGAAUGAGACGCGAGCUCGCCCAGCAGCAACAGUUGGCGCUGCAGCAGCAACAGCAGCAGCAACACAAACUCGAACAGCAGCGCAAGGAGAAGGAGCAUGUGCUGAGCUUCAAGAAGCGGCGACUCUCCAAGCAGAAGUCCGUGGAGCACAUGGACUGCUGCACUCUAUCUGCAGCAGCAGCAGCAGCAGCAGCAGCAACAGCAACAACAGCAGCAGCAGCAGCAGCAUCCACAGCAGCAGCAACAACAGCAGCAGCAGCAACGCUUGCCAACAGCAACCAGAACUUGCAACCAUCUCCGUCAGCUUCAGUUUCCGUCUCUGCCUCCACAUCCGCAUCCACAUCGAGCAGUCCAAGCAACAGCAGCAGCAGCCACUCCGGCCUGGAUCAGCGACUCGCCAGCAAUCCGUUGCGCAUUUACGAGGAUUACAUCAUCCAGCCGAGCGUCAAGGAGACGGAGCCGCCGGUUGAUUUUCUGCGACAGAUUGCCAACGAGCACAGCAAAUUGGCCAAGCUGCGAAUGUCCGUCAAGUCGGCCAAGUACUGGCUGCUGCAGGAGAUCCAGGAGCUGAGCGGCUACGGCGAGGAGAUCUUCAGCGGCGUCUCAACCAAUGAGAGCGCCACCCGCUGCGAAAUUGCAGUCGGUGCUCAUGGCAUCACCGUCGUCCGUGGGGAGGAAAAAGAAAGCAUCCCAUUCAGUGCGAUUGCGUCGGCGAAAUCGUUGAGGCGCACUUUCAAGCUGGAGUACGUGGACGAUCACAACGAUCGCAAGGAGCUGGAGAUCAAGUUGCCCAAGCAGCCGAUUGCCGCCGGUUUGUAUCGAUCGAUAACCGAGCGACAUGCGUUCUACGUCUGUGACAAGGUGCGCUGCGUGGUGACGAAUCAGUUUACGCGGGAUUUGAAGGGAACGAUUGCAUCGAUGUUCACCGCCACAGAGAUUGGCAAGCGGUAUGUGUUCGACAUACAGCAUACGUGCCGCGAGGUGCACGAUCAGGCGCGACGCAAGCUGCAUGAACGUGGCGGCGAUGUGGCUGCCACGGCGGCUAUCGAUGUUGGCAGCGCCAGCAGCUGCUGUCCAGAUGCUGCUGACAUGGCAAUCGCUGGUGGUGGUCGUGGCAGUGCUGGUGUUGGUGGUUCCAUGGCCGGCAAGAUAGAUUUGGCCAUACGCGAGAAGGAGGCGCGUGAAGCGGCGAUUGAGCGCUGCGUGGAUACGCGCAUCCUCGAGGCGAUGCAGUGCAAGAUCUGCAUGGAUCGUGCGAUCAACACAGUGUUCAAUCCAUGCUGUCACGUCAUCGCCUGUGCCCAGUGUGCAGCUAGGUGCAACAAUUGCCCCAAUUGCCGCAAGAAAAUAACGAGCGUAGUCAAAAUCUAUCUGCCACCGGAACUGCGCACCAGCAGCCACCCAACCGUUGCAAACAGCAGCUGCAGCAGCAGCAGCAGCAACAACAACAACAUCGAAGGCCCCCUUUCGGGUGAGCAUCAGCAGUUGCAGUCGGAGCUGGAGCUGGAGCAGCAGCUGGAUGGCUUCGCCACGACAUCAGCAGCAGGAAUAGGAGCAGGAGCUGGAGCAGCAGCAACAGGAGCAGAGGCCGGAACCGGAGCCGGAGCCGGUGCAGCGUCAGUUGGAGCGCCAAAAGUGACGACGGCUGCCUAGAAUUGGCUGUGCUCGCUGCUGUUCCGGCUGAUGGAAUGGGUUUGUGUGCCGAUCGUUUGAUCCGUCACGCAAUCAUAAUCGUUAACCAGAGAUCUCGUCUUGCUGUCUGCAUCUAUAAUUUGACCAUAUAUAAACAUUUCGAAGGGAACAAACCAAAAACAAGUUGAUGAUGUUGAAAACAAACAAAAAACAAAAAACUAUUAACUAAAAAGAAAUCAAAAAGAAACACACAUUUAGCCUGUAUACUCUGUAUCUUUACUCAAGUAUUUUUAUGGAUAUA